AGGAGAGUCAUACGCACGCAACUGACUCACUCAUUGGAGAAAUCACGGUGGGCAAGUAUAGGUGAUAUCGAAGCUUGAUGCAUGAUGGUAGUGAUGCAGAUUAGACUGGUUCUUCGUGCAGAACAAAACGAACAAAAGGCUGUAAUUAUGUUUGAUGGCAGAAAUCACUGCGGGCAAGCCGGGACCUGUCAAUGAAGCAUGACGGUAGUUGCAGUCCAUGGUAGAGCAAACUUCACCCAUAGAUUGCCACAACUGGCAUUACGCGUCGAACAACAACUACGAGGUCGUAUUGUGCUCGAGGGAGUUAGAAUCACGGUGAGUGGGCGCUGUUGGGUGGCGUUCUGAUGCCAGUGAUAACGAUUUGCUGCAAACUGUGGCUCAUACUUAUCUCCAUCGGGUUCGAAGCAUUGAUUGUGGUUCUAAACAGUAGUGUCCUCGCCAUGAUCGAUAUAAAGUCACAGGUGCCGCUCAUAAACCAUGAUUCUAGGGACUCUUCAAGACCCAGUGAGACUGCCAUGUCAUCUCACCAACCUCGAGAUCCUUCUCAACCAUCUGCACCUCACCAGCAUUUCGCACCCUCUGUUACCCACUCUCAGGGAUUUGCGAGUCCAAAUGCUCCGACUACGCUGCACCGACCAACCCUGAGUGCCCGAACUCACACUUAUCCAUCAUCGCCGCAAUCUGUGCCGGGAAGAGGGGCCAAACAGGAGACUCUACCGAGUUUUAUCCAAUGGUCAUUCAGAAUAAGCGUGAUUUCGAAUGCCCCUGGUAUGGGGUGUGGUCCAAAGUCUUGCAAGGCUAUAUAUUUCGUGAAGCAGACGGAUCACAAACAGCAUGCACUUGUAUUCCACAGGAUUCUCGUUGCGUCCUAUGAUACUGGUCACUUGCCGCAUAGUGGCAGAUCCGGUUGGUCUGACAUAGCCAUGAGCAGCCCUUCGUCAGAUCGGCAUUUGAUCACUCCAGGGAGCUUUCCAGGCCCCUGUGCCAUACAAUCCUACCCCAAAUUUUAGUCUUCGAUCACGGACACUUUUCGGAGGACCACUGCCUCCCUUGACACCUAGCCCUUUACCCUCGGCCUUCCCGCGUAACGUAUCGCACCCUGAAAGUCCUACUACCCAGCGUGUUACUCGUUUGCAAGCUCGUCGUGCUGGAGAUGCUUCCAACCCUCAAGUCACCACCCGUUCA